ACACCUUUCCACUACCCAACAACCGUGUCCCGGGGACCCCGAUCGAGCAGAGCAGACACACUGCACGACACAGCACCUCCUUCUCCAUCCCCAGCCCAGCCCCAGCAUAUGAGAAUACUAUGAUCCCUUCCCUCCCUUCCACUCCAUCUUGGCUUCACCUCCCACACAUGCGUACAAGAGAACCCACGCACUGACCCUCUCCCACCCCCAAUCACCGCCGCCGCCUCCGCUUCAAUGGACGGACGGAGCCACCCCCUUGCAAUGCACUGAGCACACCGGCAUUGCCGCCACCUCCUCGUGCUCUUAGUCAGUGAGCUACUGCGGGUUGUGUCGGCGUUUGUGUGCGGCUCCAAGAAGGGCCGGGAGCUAACCAGGAGCGGCAAUGGCCGCCGGGAGGAGGCUGUCGGAGCUGCUCCAGGAGCAGCAGGAGCCGUUCCUCGUCGAGGCCGCCAAGAUUCGGAGGCCGCGGCGCGGCCGUGGAGGCGGCGGCGGAGGAGGAGGAGGGGCUUGCUGCCCCGUGGCCGCGUGCCAGCGGCUGCUCAGGCUCUGCAACCACGGCUUCAAGAAGAGGAGCGGCAGCAUUGGCGACCUGAGGUCCGCGCUGAGCAAGGCCAUGAGGAGCGCGUUCCGCUGGGAAAAUCUUGGCGGCGGGUGCUUCACCGGCGUCGGCGACCGCGAAUUCCGCCGGCUGCGGCGCUCCGCCGGUCACAGCGGCGAAUGCGAUGCCCGUGCCAUGGAGUUUGACGACGACGACGGCGACGGGUACGAGCGACAGGGAGCAGCGAGGUGGAAGACGGACAUGGAGGUGGACUCGUCGCGGCAGCUCAGCCCGGUCUCCGUCCUGGAGCUGCACUCCGACGACGAGUCUCCGGUGCAUUCCCGCUGGGAGGAGGACGAGAAGCCAUCGACCUCCGGGAGCUCACCGUCAGCACCAUCCUCAGACUUCCACGGCCCCACCUCGCCGUGCUUCACCUACGACGUCCACGGCGACAAGGCGCGCGCAAUCUCAAUGGAGGCGACAGAGGAAGAGGACGAAGAGACGGCCGGCAAGUCCAUCUUGGAGCAGAUCUCGUCGUGGGAGAGGAUCGCAGGGGACAUCUACAAGAUCCCCGGGAUGGUGGAGCUGGACCUGUCAGAGUCCGGGCAGCAAUGGAGGGGGCUCCAGCCUGAGGUCAGGGAGAUCGGCGCCAGGAUUGAGACCCUCAUCUUCGAGGAGAUCAGGAGGGAGACCGUAUGCGACAUGCUCGCCUCACACUGUACAUUAUUUUCACCAGCAGCUUCUUGUUGACCAGACAGACAAAUUGAGAGGGUUUGUGGGGUGGUUGAAAUUUUACUAGUGCUAGCAGCAGAGGAUUUGUGUAAUGUGAGGCUUCUUGAUGUGAAAAUCAUUUUGUUCCCCGGCUCCAAA